AUGGCGCAGGAAGAUCGUAUUGUGGCUCUGAUGGAAGAUCUAACCCGACCCGGAUUGGUGAAGCGUUGCCAGGAAUCGGGGAUCGCGGCAUCAGGAACAAAGGAGGAGAUGGCGCGUAUGCUCGUUGAGCACGAAGAUCGGGUUUCCCUUGACAUGUCAUCGGCGGAGUAUCAAGAUGCAGGGCCGAGCGGUUCCGGGAAUCAAGUGCGACAGGAGGUCGCAAUCGCUGUCGAUACUGCGCAGCCGUAUUUUUUCCGCGACAUCGAGGAUGGAAUUGAGGGAUACAGUGCGGAUGGUACCAGAGACCUGCACGCAUGGUUCAUGGAUUUCGAGGAAGUGGCAACCUUAGCGCGUUGGUCUAACGAGCACAAGUACAUAAUGUGCCGAAAGAAACUGACCGGUACAGCUAAGAGUUUUCUAGCUACGUUGCGUGGGGUGACGACAUAUGUUGCGCUAAAGAAAUCAUUGCUGGACGAAUUUGCAACCAUAGUAAGAGCAAGUGACGUGUAUCGACAAUUAGCCUCACGAAAGAAGAAGAAAGACGAGUCUGCACUCGAAUACAUCUACUCGAUGCAGAAGUUGGCGCAAUCCAUCGAUAUCGAGGAAGAAAGUUUGUGCGAAUUCAUCGUCGACGGAUUUUCUUCCGAUGAAACAGUACGGGCGAUUUUAUAUGAGGCCAACACAAUCGCUCAACUUAAAAAGAAAAUAGCGUUGCGAGAACGAGCGGAUACGAAAGCGGAGGUAGAGAAGAAAAGGCGACCAGCAAUAGGCGACACGGCGAAGCAGAACCAAGAAGCGAAUGCAAGGAAGCCGAAGUGCUACAGUUGCGGCGAGCUUGGACACGUAGCAGCUGCAUGCACUGAUAAGAAAAGGGGCAUGAAGUGUUACGCCUGCGGUUCGUACGGACACAAAGCAAACCAGUGUCAAAAGCGCCAGCAGACAGCGGGUACCCAUUUAGUGACGAAUACCUGCAACGAAACGAUGGUAACUAUUGAAUUUGGCGAUUGUACCCUGAAUGCUUUGUUCGACAGUGGCAGUGGUUAUAACAUAAUUUCCAACAAAGCCUUCCAGCGAAUUGGUUCACCACCUUUAAAAAAUGCAGAUGUCACUUUCAACGGAUUUGGUGGUUCCCGGACAAAAGCAACCGGUCGAAUUUUCGUAGACGUGCGUGUGAAUUCAGAGCGGUACAGGAAUGUUCCCUUUUUCGUCGUGCCAAACGGGACAAUGGUCUAUGAUGUUCUGUUAGGUCGAGAGUCAUUGCUGUUUCUUAACGUGGAAGUGACCAAAGAAGGAGUUAAACUGACACCACGACGAGACGGAGAAGAAGAGGUGCCCAACAAUAACGUAUUUUUGGCCGAGGUGUUCCCGAAUGUAACGGAUCCGGGAAUAAUAGUGCCGAGUAUCUACGAGGAACAAACGAACGAACUGAUAAAGAAAUAUUAUGCCAGCGAAGAACAAAACCAGCCUAAGGAAUCACCGAUUACCAUGAAGAUCAUCACAAAUGAAGGCGCGGUACCAUUUCGACAGUCACCAAGGCGUUUUUCGGUCCCGGAGAACGAGGUGGUGGAGCAACAAGUCGAGGAGUGGUUGCAGCAGGGCAUAAUACAGAAAUCAUCAUCGGAUUUUGCAAGUAGAGUGGUUAUCGUGAAGAAGAAGAAUGGCAGUUAUCGAUUGUGUAUUGAUUAUCGGAAACUUAAUUCGAUGGUGCUUAAAGAUGGGUUUCCGAUUCCGAUUGUCGAGGAGGUGUUGGAAAAAUUGCAGAAGAUUUUCUCAUUUUUGUUCGGUUUGGUAUGUUCCGAGCAAGAAGUGAUAGUGGCGAUUGAUGAACCUGGCAAGACGCAAUACCAUGAGGCCAAUUUUAAUACAAGUUCAUACCAGUACGGCUACGAGGUGGGCCCAAACGGGCAGUUCCAUCAUGAAACGCGUGGUCCUGACGGCGUGACGUACGGUUGUUACGGCUAUAUAGACCCGAACGGAAUGCUGCGGGUAACGCACUAUGUGGCCGAUACUCACGGUUACCGUGUGGUGGAGCCUAACCGACCGGUGGAGAUCUUUGCCGAUGCACCGACCCAGUACAGCAACUCGAUAGCCGAGGAGGAGACGACGGAAAGACGGCGCGGAACGCUGCGACCGUGGACUGAGCUAUAUCUUCCCAAGGGUUGCGGGAUGUUCCCGGGUGGAAUGCGCCCGGACGGAACGACCGGUGCUGGGCCGGGAUCAGGUGGUGGUAAUCCGACUCCACCCGCACCAACCAAACCGAGCACCGGUGGAAGCGGAGGAUCGCAAGGAAGUAGCCAACCGACACAAAAACCUAUCUCGGGUCAGGGACAGGGACAGGGACAGGGACAGGGACAGGGGCAGGGGCAGGGACAGGGACAGGGACAGGGUCAAGGGCAGGGCCAAGGACAAGGGCAGUGGCAAGGACAGGGACAAGGGCAGGGUCAAGGACAGGGACAAGGGCAGGGUCAAGGACAGGGACAAGGUCAAGGACAAGGACAGGGACAGGGACAGGGACAGAGACCAGGACAGGGACAGAGUCAGGGUCAGGGUCAGGGUCAGGGGCAAGGACAAGGACAAGGACAAGGACAAGGACAAGGACAGAGUCAAGGACAUGGACAGGGACAGGGACAGGGGCAAGGACAAAGACCAGGACAGGGUCAGGGUCAGGGCCAAGGGCAAGGACAGGGUCAAGGUCAGGGCCAAGGGCAAGGACAAGGACAGAGACCAGGACAGGGACAGGGACAGGGACAGGGACAGGGACAGGGACAGGGACAGGGACAGGGACAGGGACAGGGACAGGGUCAGGGUCAGGGCCAAGGGCAAGGACAAGGGCAGUGGCAAGGACAGGGACAGGGACAGGGUCAGGGGCAAGGACAAAGACCAGGACAGGGACAGGGACAGGGUCAAGGACAGGGUCAGGGUCAGGGUCAGGGUCAGGGUCAGGGUCAGGGUCAGGGUCAGGGUCAGGGACAGGGGCAGGGUCAAGGACAAGGACAAUGGCAAGGCCAAGGCCAAGGCCAAGGGCAAGGACAAGGACAAGGACAAGGACAAGGACAAGGACAAGGGCAGAGACCAGGACAGGGACAGGGACAGGGACAAGGUCCAGGGCAGGGUCAAGGACAGGGUCAAGGGCAAGGACAAUGGCAAGGGCAAGGGCAAGGACAAGGACAAGGGCAGGGUCUGGGACAGAGGCCAGGACAGGGACAGAGUCAAGGACAGGGUCAGGGGCAAGGACAAGGACAAUGGCAAGGGCAGGGACAAGGGCAAGGGCAAGGACAAGGACAGGGACAGAGACCAGGGCAGGGACAGAGUCAGGGGCAAGGACAAGGUCAAGGGCAAUGGCAAGGACAAGGGCAAGGGCAAGGUCAAGGGCAAGGACAAGGACAAGGUCAAGGAUCUCAGGGAUCUGGAGGUAACCAAGGGCAACAGCAGCAACAACAAGGCGGUCAGGGGACAAACGGAAGCCAACUACAGGGACAACAUCAAGGCCAACUCGGACAGGGCCAGCAUCAAGGCCAGCACCAGGGCAGCCAGCAAGGAUUGCAAGGGGGCGAGCAUCAAGGACAGCAUCAAGGAAGUCAUCAAGGAGUGACUGGGUCCAACUCGCACCAGGGACAACAUCAAGGAAGUAACCAAGGCAUACAUGGCGGACAACAUCAGGGACAACAUCAAGGAGAGCAUCAAGGACCGCUAGGCCAGGGCCAGCAUCAAGGUCAGCAUCAGGGAAGUCACCAAGGAUUACAAGGGGGAGAGCAUCAAGGGCAGCAUCAAGGUAGCCACCAAGGAGUGACCGGAUCCAACUCUCACCAGGGCGAACAUCAAGGAAGUCACCAAGGCGUACAUGGCGGACAACAUCAGGGAGAGCACCAAGGCCAGCAUCAAGGCCCACUUGGCCAGGGUCAACAUCAAGGCAGUCAUAUGGGCAGUCACCAAGGUAUCCACAGUGGGCAACAUCAGGGUGAACAUCAAGGACAACAUCAGGGACCGCUUGGACAAGGUCAGCAUCAGGGCAGCCAUAUGGGUAGCCACCAGGGCAUUUCGCAGGGUCAGUUCCAGGGUCAACAUCAAGGCGAACAUCAAAAGCCGAUCAGUGGAAACAAGGAGGAGCACAAUGUACAAGUUCAGGUAUCCUGGGGCCAAGGAACAGGUCAAGGCCAAGGCCAAGGCCAAGGCCAAAGUCAAGGUCCAGCCACCGGUCCGGGACAAGCUGGAGGAAACCAAGGACCAGGCACGGGCCAGGGAGGGCAAGGUUCAGGAAGCCAAGGUCCUGGGCAGUCGCAAAGCCAGGGCCAAGGAGGUCAGAGUCAAGGCCAAAGUCAAGGACCGGGACAAGUUGGAGGUAGCCAAGGUCCUGGCUCUGGCCAGGGACAGCCUCCGGGACAAGUACAGCGUCCCCCACAAGGAGUACAAAUUGGGAUCGGGUUUAAGCCGGGCAAUGGGGGAUUACAGGCGACACUGGGCUUCGGUGGACCGCACGGCGGUAUAUCCCUAGGUGCGGGUGUAUCCACGGCCGGCAUCAGUGGCUCGGCGUCCACGUCCCACACCGGGACGAAUCACAGCAUUUCCGGCACGAUCGGUGGCUCGAUUGGGACGGGCGGAGUGCAGGCGGGUGCCGGGGCCAACACCUCGGCCACCAUCCUCGGUACGACGAUCGAUCACACGCACAGCACCAACGUGACCGUGACGGCGGAGGGUGCGCAGGUAUCCCACGGGGGUCAGAACACGAUCGACAACCAGCACGUGAUCGUGGCGGGCAGCGUCGGGGUGGCGGUUGGCGUCGCGGCAGGUACGAUCGAGGGUUCCCUCAACCACACCGAGCACGCUUCCGGUGCCGGUGUCAGCGUAAGUAACGCCAUGACGGUUGGCGCAGGAAUCGAGGCCAACAGCACCGCGGUCGGAGUGGGCGCACACCUAACGCACAACGCCAGUAUUUCGAUUCCACCCGUCGGCCAAGGACCAACGACUCAAAGCCCAGGACAGGAAGGUCCAGAACCGACGCCGAGCACUCCGGUGCCAGGAUCUCCGGGUACAGCGAUAGGCGUGUAUCCACCGACGAAACCGAUCGAUACGAGCUCUCCACCGUCGUCCGGUUCAGGCAACGGUGGUGGAAAUGGCAACGGCAACGGCAACGGCAACGGUGGCGGCGACGGAGGAAAUCAAUAUCCUCCCAACUAUCAGAUAGCGGUGUCGCAAUAUCCGUACUUCUUCGUACCGUACCCCUACGCACCCCCGUACGUACCGCAGGCACCGUGCAACUGUCCGGCGGAUCAGCAAAAUCAGAACCAGAACCCGCCGGGGCAGCAACCGACCGGCUACUUGGGCUUCAUUCCCGUCAUCUACAUCCCGAACUGUCACGCCCAGAAGAGUGGACUUCCGGCGAACUUCAACUGGCCUGCGCCGCCCCCACCGGAGGGGCAGGGGCAACCGUUGGCGGACCUUCCGGCCCAGCGGUUGUUCCAGAAGCCGGACGGCAGCUGGGUCCUGCAGCGAGCCCGCAAUCGCUCCCGAAGGCUCCGCACCCGUCGCCCACCGAGUGUCAUCCCUCAGUCAUUAGUCGGGCAGGCGGGUUUCGAACGAAAGUAG